UCCAGACACUGCCGACCGGACCAGUUUGGAAUAUACUCCCCGUUUACAACUCUCCAUCUGUUCUCCACCUGCUUCAACUGCACCUGAGUUUGCUUUGAGCGCAUUUUAAAACCAGAAACACUCUCAAACGGCUUCCUUUUUUUUUUCCCUUUUUUGUUUGACAUUUCUUUAAUGAAUUUGGCUGUAGUCUGUCCCAAAACUCGUAGAUGCCCAUUCUCCCAAAUGCUUUGCCUGCCAGUCUCGCUUUGCAUGUGGGUAUAGCCGGUGGUUCCAGCCUGCGUCCAGGUGGUUUUACGGGAAAAGGUUGCACAGGGAAUAUUUUAUUUUUCAUUUAGAUAAAGAAAUCCCUCUUUAUCUUUUGGAAGCGCGACCACUAUUUCUUUAUUUUUUCACAAUGGCUGAUGCUAACGCGGAAUGCAAUAUCAAGGUGUUGUGUCGAUUUCGUCCUCUGAACAAGUCCGAAAUUAUCCGCGGAGAUAAGUUCAUCCCAUUAUUUCAAAGAGAAGACACUGUCAUCCUCGGGGGGAAGUCGUACGUAUUUGACCAGGUUCUCCCCACUAACACCACUCAGGAACAGGUCUACAACGCCUGCGCCAAGCAGAUUGUCAAAGAUGUACUGGGUGGAUACAAUGGGACUAUCUUUGCCUAUGGGCAGACCUCCUCUGGAAAAACACACACCAUGGAGGGGAACCUUCAUGAUCCCGAGGGAAUGGGUAUCAUUCCCCGGAUCUCAGAAGACAUUUUUGAACAUAUAUUUGCCAUGGAUGAGAACCUAGAAUUCCACAUAAAGGUCUCCUACUUCGAGAUCUACAUGGAUAAAAUCCGGGACCUGCUGGAUGUUACAAAAACCAACCUGUCAGUGCAUGAAGACAAAUACAGAGUUCCUUAUGUGAAGGGCUGCACAGAGCGCUUUGUCACAAGCCCUGAGGAAGUGAUGGAUGUGAUAGAUGAAGGGAAGGCCAGCCGUCACGUUGCUGUCACCAACAUGAAUGAGCACAGUUCCCGCAGUCACAGCAUCUUCCUGAUUAACAUCAAACAAGAAAACGUGGAGACGGAGCAGAAACUGAGUGGGAAGCUGUACCUUGUUGACCUAGCUGGUAGUGAGAAGGUCAGUAAGACAGGUGCAGAGGGAGCAGUGCUGGAUGAGGCCAAGAACAUCAACAAGUCUCUGUCGGCCCUGGGGAAUGUCAUAUCAGCCUUGGCCGAAGGAACGAAAUCCCACGUGCCUUACCGUGACAGCAAAAUGACUCGCAUCUUACAAGACUCGCUGGGCGGGAACUGUCGCACCACCAUGUUCAUCUGUUGCUCUCCCUCCAGUUACAAUGAAGCAGAGACCAAAUCCACCUUGAUGUUUGGCCAACGAGCCAAGACCAUUAGAAAUACUGUAUCAGUGAACCUGGAGCUCACAGCAGAGCAGUGGAAGAAGAAGUACGAAAAGGAGAAGGAGAAGAACAGGUCAAUGAAGGAGACUGUUCAAAGACUGGAGGCUGAGCUCAACCGCUGGAGGAACGGUGAGGAUGUUGUGUUAGAGCAUCUGAGCCCGGGAUUGGAGGAAGUCCCCCUGGCGCCGCCCGAAUCUGAGGUGCCAAUUCUUGACAUCUGCAGCCCCUGCAGCCCUUGUUCCCUUGCCUCCUCCAUUGUGGUUCACAUCUCUGAGGAGGAGCGACAGAAGUAUGAGGAGGAGAUCCGCAAGCUUUAUAAACAACUGGAUGAUAAGGAUGAUGAGAUCAACCACCAGAGCCAGAUGGUUGAGAAACUGAAGGAGCAGAUGCUCGACCAGGAGGAGCUUCUGGCAUCAUCCAGGGGUGACAGUGAGAAAGUGCAGUCGGAGCUCGGCAGGCUGCAGACAGAGAAUGAAUCUGCUAAAGCCGAGGUGAAGGAAGUCCUCCAGGCCCUGGAGGAGCUGGCAGUCAACUACGACCAGAAGAGCCUAGAGGUAGAGGAGAAGAGCGUGCAGAACAAGCUGUUGGCUGAAGAGCUUGCAAAAAAAAUGGCUCACCUCAUGGCUUUAGAGGCGGAGCUGUCCCGUAUCCAGGAAGUGAGCAGCCACCAAAGGAAACGCAUCGCGGAGAUUCUCAACGGCCUGAUGAGGGACCUGAGCGAGUUCAGCACUAUCGUUGGAAACAGAGACAUCAAGCUGCCCAUGGAGAUUACUGGUGUGAUCGAGGAGGAGUUCACAGUGGCUCGCCUCUACAUCAGCAAGAUAAAGUCAGAGGUGAAGUCGAUGGUGAAGCGCUGCCGCCACCUGGAAAACCUUCAGACGGAGUGUCACCGCAAGAUGGAGGAGACAGGCAGAGAGCUGUCCUCAUGUCACCUCCUUGUUUCACAGCAUGAGGCAAAGAUCCGCUCUUUAACAGAGUACAUGCAGAAUGUGGAGCUGAAGAAGAGACACCUGGAGGACAGCUAUGACUCUCUGAGCGAGGAGCUGGCCAAACUCCAAGCUCAAGAGAGCAUGUCACAGAUGACCAGAGGGGAGAACCACACAUCUGUCCAGGAUUCCUAUGAUAUAAAGAGGGCUCUGGAGCAGCAGAUGGAGUCACACCGUGAGGCGCACAGCAAACAGCUUGGCCGCCUGCGAGACGAGAUCAAUGAGAAGCAGAAGAUCAUCGACGACUUAACUGAUUGUAACCAGAAGCAGCAUCUGGAGUUGAAGCAACUGCACUGUGACUUUGAACGUCUCAAGUGCCAAGAGCAUCACAAGAGCCGGCAGCUGGAGGAACUGACAUUUCUUCAUGAGCGCCAUGAGCAGUCAAAGCAGGACCUCAAAGGGCUGGAAGAGACUGUUGCUCGUGAGCUCCACACCCUGCACAACCUCCGCAAGCUUUUUGUUCAAGACCUCACGACUCGAGUUAGAAAAAGUGCAGGGAUGGACCCUGAUGAUAGCGGCGGAUAUAUCACCCAGAAACAGAAGAUUUCCUUUCUUGAAAACAACCUGGACCAGCUUACAAAAGUUCACAAGCAGCUGGUGCGUGACAAUGCAGAUCUUCGCUGUGAGCUUCCAAAACUGGAGAAACGUCUUCGGUCUACAGCUGAGCGAGUUAAGGCGCUGGAGGGUGCGCUGAAGGAGGCGAAGGAAGGAGCCAUGAAGGACCGCCACCGCUACCAGCAGGAAGUGGAGCGCAUCAAAGAUGUGAUGAGGACUCGCAAUCCGUUUCGCCGGCCACAUGCUGCACAGAUAGCCAAGCCUGUGCGUCCUGGCCACUACCCAGCCUGCUCCCCAACCAACCCCUUCUUCAUCCGAGGCUACAGCGAUCACCCCGUUGCCUUCUGCAAAGCUGGUUUCCACAACAGCAACAACCAAGAAGCAGCUGCUCCAGCUGCUCCAGCUGCUUCUGCUGCUCCUGCUGCUCCUUCUGCUCCUGUAACUCCAGAGAGUGAGCCCUGGUUACCCGAAGCCAACUCCAACCAGAACAGCCCCACCAAACACCACGACUCCCAAACCAACGAUUCACACAACAGCGACGCUCAGGACAACAUCCUUCCAGCUGAACCCCUGAGCCAAGCAGACAAGAGCACCGCAGAGAUGCUUGAUUCGGAAAAUGGAAACACCACAGAUAUCAAUGACAACAGGACCCAGCCAAACUCUACAGCCUGCAACCAGAGGCUUCAGCCAGCUAAUAGUCCUGAGCAGACGUUUUUCUCUGAGCCCUCCUCUAUAAAUCUGCAUGCAGCUGAUCACUGUCCUCCCAGCCUCUCUUUCCUCUCCCAUCCUCACCUGUUGUAAACAGACAUCUAUCUCUCCCCUGUUUCCCUUUUCCUCCCCCUGCUUGAUCCUCUUCAAUCCCUUCUCCUUCCUGUUUAAUGAUGUCGGGUGUAUGUGGGUAUUGGUGAGAUUCAUGGAAAGCACGGCAUUUCACAUUUGUGAACUGGCAGCUUACACCCAUAUUGCUACACACCCUCCCCCAUGAAUACAAAGGGACCACAAAUAGAAAGGUGGGGAAGUGAAGGUGUGUCGUGCUGUAGUUAACCACUAGGGUGUGGUGUUUGUCUCAAUGAGAGGACAUAAAAACCAGUACAUUCACCAGUAAGAUGAGGUUAGUCUUUAUCAUUAUCAUUAUUAUUACGAUUAAACUUAUGUAUGGAUCUGAAAACUCCAAGUAAAACACUGUUAAGCAACAUGAAAGCGGUGUGAACCUCGAGCUCAGUUUACUAAUAUUUAUACUUAUACUGACUGUGCAUGUUGAUUUGCAAUGUUGGUCUUCAGAUUUUCUCGGAAAAUACAUGACAGAGGAAGAGAGCUACUGAGGCAACAUUAUCAUGAAAUGUUUAAGUCUAAACACCAGUGCAGGAGAAGCGCUGUCAGUCAAUGUAAAUGGGAAAAUCAGCCUUAAAAAUGACACGUGUUUACAGAAUAAUUAGGCAUUAUUUAGCUGGCAAUACUUAGCUGGCAUUAUUAAGUAUUUUUGUUAAUGUAAAUAAAUCUCAUGAAAAGACCAAAACCAUCAAUGCAUUCCUCUGUCUCUCAGUAUUUUCCGACUUGCCCAGCCUUGCCUGUGGCUCUCAGUCUGAAGCCAACUGAAGAUGUACGUUUUAAAAACAGACCUUGAAUAUAUUAUUUGUUUUUAAAAAGUCUCAGUAAUUUGUGUUGGGGAAUAUUUUCAGCUGUGGAUUAUAUGAUUAUAUAAAAAAUAAGGCAUCCAUUGCAGUAGUGUGACUCAUUGAUGUGUUUUUGAAAACAAUGGCGGUCAUUGGAAUGGAGGACUAAGCUAUUAUAUAUCAGGCUUUAAUACUAUACCUGCAGUACUUCACAAUAAGAAAAAGACUCCUUUUAAGUGAGUUUUGAAACUUCAAUCCAGUUUCAAUUCAAACUGAAAGCAACAUUUAAGCUAAUUGCAAUAUGAAUUUUUAGAAACAGUGUCAAUAGUCAUAGCAACAAUAUAGUCUAUAAUGUUUUAUGUCAUGUAGGCUGCUGUUGCCAUGUAGGUAGACCAACGCAGACUUAACUAUAAUACACAUAUUGCAGCAGUUGAAACAUGGCCAAGCAUUAAUUUAGACACAAGAUGAUUUCUCAUAUUUGACCUGUUUUUUACUCAAAUUAAACAAAGGUAAAUUAAGCUUAUAUACACAUAGUACGAUAUAUAACUUGUCAAGACUUUUCAAGACACAACAGUUUUGUAUUUUGGUACCCUUGGAGGAUAUAUAUUUUUUCUUGUUAGAUUAAGAGGGAUAAUAAACCAAAUAACCCCUAUAUCCACAUACCAGACAGUAGCCACCUCUAGCAAGUUCACACUUUUUGUAAAAACCUCACCUUAAAUCUUAAAGCUUCAGAUUGUUCUGGCAGUAGCACUAUCUUACAAAGAGCAGGAAGAACCAAGUGGCAAAUGAGGAAGUUGGUUAGUGAAUUGUUUAAAAUAAAACACUGAAAUAUUCAGUGGUUAAGUCACCCCAUGUCUGACCUUUGCUACACUGCACUGGUCUGAAAAGAAAUGUCAUAUGAUCCAUGAAGGGAAGUCUAAAACACAUGGUUCCUGAUUGUUUAAAAAAAAAAAAAAAAAACCUGACUGUGUUGUUGUAGAGAGACUUUUAAACUGUAAAUUAUCCCUACAAAAGCUGCCUGUGAGGGAUCGUCUGUGAGAUAUUCAGUCAUUGUCAUGUCAACCAAAAGCAUGGCAGAGUGAAAAAAAAGAACUGUGUAGCAACUAUUUUUAUACCACUAGUACUAGAAAUAUAUAUUAUUAUCAUUUACUCCAUUUUAAAUGUUAUUUAUUUGCUAUUUAUUCUUCAUUUAUAGCAGUUGUUGAAUGUGAAGCAUUUGCAUUUGUUUUGAUACAUAAAUAUAUCAUGUUGACAGUGUUUCUUACACUGCAGAAUACUUUGGAUUGUUUUGUCAUUGAAUGAAAAUGUGUGCAGCUGCUGUUCCAAUAUACAUUUGUUCAGGAGAUAACUAAUCUUACGGCUCUUUACGAACGACCUAAGAUUGAAACCAAAGCCCUGAUUGUAGUGAGUCACCUAAAGAGGAUCUUGCUCUACAAUAGUCUAUAUAGUUGUGAUGGAGACAUGAACCAAGGGUUACUGUAGGUUAUCAAGAGCUGAUACAGCCCUGUCUUAUCCCUCUGACACACACUUUAGAUAUAGUGCCUCAUCAGCCAAUGAGGUAUUUGACCUUUGACCAAAGUACAGAUACAUCCGGUAUUACUUAGGUGCAGUCUGAGCAGAUUGACUGACUACGCACACUGACAGUCAGUCAAUCCAAGCUGCCCAUUAAGCUCUCUCUGUUGAUCAGCCAGUCAGGAUGAGAGAGUCAAGGCUGGCACUGGACGGACUGUAUGUGUGUGUGUGCAUGUGCAUAUCUCUGUGUGUAUUUUGGGGAGAGAACAGGAGCUGUAUCUUUUUAGCAGAGUCUCCUACUCUUCGACUGUCUGUGAUCUUUUUAACAAAACAGAUCAGUAUCUGUUAGCUUUAGAUUACAGCCUGUAAGUGACAGUGUAAGCGUUGUGUACAGACGGGGUAUCAAUGAAAUACUUACUGGGUAGGUACGAGUAAAGCAGUAUAAUGCACACUAUAUUAAUAAUAAUAAGUACUUUAACAAUUUAAUCUCCCACACUAAAAAGAUAGUUAAUAUAAUAAUUUUCUAAAUAAAUGAUGGCAUUAUGAUACAACUGUGGCCCAAUUUCCCCUCUUAUACACAAAAUUGUUACCCCUGUUCUACCCUAACAUCUUGUCUUCCCCCUGUACUUCCUUCCACACAUUUGUCCCAUAUAAUUAUUCAGUAAGUAUUUAUUGAUACACUGUGUAUACUAAAUGUAUUACAUUGUAAAUUGAGCUGCAAUCUAAAGCGCUACCAACAGACCCACUCAUUAUAUUGAGACUUAUCAGAAAUACAUAAAGCACCUUAUCACAUUAUUUUCUUUAUGCUUUUCCUCUUUGCUGACUUCAACUUUCUCCAAAAGGUCAAAAAUGGUCAUUGAACUUGAGAAAAACGUUUACAUUAUCAUUGAUGUUGAGUGUUUUUACACAAACUAUAGAAAUCAUGAAUUGAAUGUGAAUGGUCCUUUUGUCAAUCUGCUGUUAAUCAUUGAAAGCCACAAAGAAAACAAUGACAUGAACUAUGGUUGUACAUUGAGCUGUAAAUGUUGGGAUGAUUGAGUGUAGAAUUUAUUUUCAGUCUUAUUGUUCUGUUUGUCUUACAGUAAUGGUAACCAAUCUGAAAAAAUACUCUGGCAAGGUAAAUAAUAUGUGACACUGUAGCCUAAAUAUGCAGAAAUAAAAAUAUGACAAGAAUGGUAGGGUGGUUUAAAAAAAAAAACAGAGGCAAAAUGUCUGUGUCUGUUUGUACAUUUAUGCGUUGGUUGGUUUGUUUAUAGCGUGUGAUUUAGUGCAUGCAGGACUUUCUUCUGUAGCUGCUGAGAAACGGUACUGUUAUCUCAUGAAACUCCUUACAAUAAAGAUGAUCCUGUGUAAAUAUCAUUAUUACACUGUCUUGUUAUUACUCUAUUACUCUAAUUACGUGACAUUUUUACU